AGAUGGCGGCGGCCGCGGGCCCGGCGCAGCCCUGGAGCGCUGAGGAGCUGCGGAGCGAGGCGCUGGCCAAGAAAGAAAUCAUCAAAUUCCUGCAGGAGCACGCGGCGCAGGCGUUCCUGGCGGAGCACAAGCUGCUGGGGCAGGUGAAGAACGUGGCCAAGACGGCGAACAAGGAGCAGCUGAUCGCGGCUUACACUCAGCUCUUCCACACGCAGCGAUUCAAGGGCACGGACGGAGCCGAGAAGGCGGCGGAGAAGGCGAAGCCGGCCAAGGCGGAGGAGGCCAAGGGGAAGGCGGUGAAGGCUGAGGAGGCUCUGGAGGAGGGGCCACCGAAGUACACAAAAUCCAUUUUAAAGAAGGGGGAUAAAACCAACUUCCCCAAGAAAGGAGACACUGUCCACUGCUGGUACACGGGAAAGCUGCAGGAUGGGACAGUCUUCGACACCAAUAUUCAGUCAAGUUCAAAGAAGAAAAAAGCAGCCAAGCCCUUGAGUUUCAAAGUUGGUGUAGGAAAAGUGAUCCGAGGCUGGGACGAGGCCCUGCUGACCAUGAGCAAAGGAGAGAAGGCCCAGCUGGAGAUCGAGCCCGAGUGGGCCUAUGGCAAGAAGGGACAGCCUGAUGCCAAGAUCCCACCGAACGCAAAACUCUUCUUUGAAGUGGAGCUGGUGGAUAUUGAAUGAAGAAUUCCCUGUGCUGCUGGGAAUCCAUUUCUGCCAGAGAGAGCUUCCUGCUGGCAUUUGUUGUAACCCCCGGCUCCGGUUACAGCGGUGCCUUUGUGGGGAUGAGCGCCGAGUGUUGUCCCCGCCCCGCUGCUGUAGUGACAGCCCCACCACUAAAGCAGAGUUUGUACCUGCCCGUGCCUCCCUUCUUUGUGUCUAUGCUCCCCCUGCUCCUCUGCUGGGUGCUGCAGGGGCCCCACACCCAGCCAGGGCUCCUUCCCUGCUGCAGAGCCCAAUCCCACAGCAUUCCCA